AUGCAUGACUAUUUACGAGGAUCCGCAACGAAUAUAGAUAUAUACGCCAUCCAAGAACCAUACAUCGACUCAAAAGGACGCACGCGAGCACUUCCACACCUACGUGUCAUAUACCCAACAGGUCACACCGAAUACUUCGGAAACGCAGACAGACCCAAGUCCCGAUCCAUCAUAAUGAUCAGCACGCGCAUCCCCACAGAUAACUGGACACAGAUCGACAUCGAUAGCCCCGACAUCACCGCAAUCCAAAUCACCACUGGAAUCGGGAUAAUACGAAUCUUUAACAUUUAC